UUUUUUUUUUAAAUUGACGCCACCUUAGUAACAAUGUCCUCCGAAUGGCUCCGGUGUGUUGUUGUGUUUCUCGUCGCUGUCCCUCUGGUUAAAGCUGCUCCGCAGCCAAACAUCGUCUUUAUCAUGGCUGAUGACUACGGCUGGCACGAUAUUGGAUACCACGGCUCAGAGAUCCACACUCCUCACCUGGACAAGUUGUCAGCCAGCGGGGUUCGUCUGGAGAGAUACUACAUCCAACCAAUCUGCACCCCCUCCAGGAACCAGCUCAUGACCGGCAGGUACCAGAUCCACACAGGGAUGCAACAUUCGAUCAUCUGGCCCUGUCAGCCAUACUGUGUUCCUCUGGAGGAGAAGCUCCUGCCUCAGUACCUGAAGGAGGCAGGAUACAGUACUCACAUGGUGGGGAAGUGGCACCUGGGACUGUACAAGAAGGACUGUCUGCCCACCCGCCGGGGAUUUGAUACGUAUUUUGGCUACCUGUUAGGUUCUGAGGAUUAUUUUAACCACACACAAUGCUGGCACAUCCCUCCUAAGAAGCGAUUCUGUGGUUUAGACCUCAGGGAUGGAGAGGAGGUGGCCACCGAAUAUGCAGGAGAUUAUUCUACUGAGCUGUUCAGCCAGAAGGCCGUCAAUAUCAUCGAAAAACAACAAUCUAACAAGCCCUUCUUCCUCUAUGUGGCGCUGCAGGCCGUGCACGCUCCUCUACAGGUUCCAGAUAAAUACCUAGAACCUUACAGUUUCAUCAAAGACCUAGACCGUAGGAUUUAUGCAGGCAUGGUGUCAGCCAUGGACGAGGCCGUGGGCAACAUCACCGCAGCUUUACAGCGGACAGGACAUUGGGAAAACACAGUUCUUGUGUUCUCAACAGAUAAUGGAGGUCAGACAUUGUCUGGUGGCAGCAACUGGCCACUGCGUGGUAGGAAGACCACACUGUGGGAAGGUGGAGUCAGAGGAGUUGGAUUUGUCGCUGGGCCACUACUGAACCAAAGUGGAACCGUCAACCAUGAACUGAUCCACAUCUCUGAUUGGCUGCCUACAUUUGUUGCCCUGGCUGGAGGGAGCACUAACACUUCAAAACCCCUGGAUGGAUUCAACGUGUGGCCCACUAUCAGUUAUGGAGCUGCAUCACCCAGACUGGAUAUUCUGCACAACAUUGACCCUCUCUAUUUUGAUGACACACCAUGUCUUGGCAGGACUCCGAGGCCUUUAGCCAGUGGAGACCGCUGGGCCAAGUCUGGCUUCAAUGUGUCCAUUCAUGCUGCUAUUCGAUUCAGCAACUGGAAACUGCUCACUGGAGACCAAGGUUGUGACCGCUGGUUUCCUCGGCCUGGUGAAAACACAUCCGAGUGGCGUCAGAUCAGUGAAGAACCUCAGAAUCCCGUUAGGCUCUUUGACAUAGUAAAUGAUCCAGAAGAGAGGAAUGAUCUAUCAGAUCAAUUCCCCACUGUGGUGAAUCAUCUCCUCACUAGGCUGUAUAACUACCAGAAAACUGCCUUGCCAAUAAUUUACCCAGGUGAAGACCCCAGGUGUGACCCAAGUGCCACAGGAGCCUGGGGACCCUGGACCUAGGUGGAGAUGGCUCUGAUGAACACCAUGAAGGAUGUGGAUUGUCAGUCUUUGCGACUUUACAGUGUCAAAACAUCCUAUUUUCUUUUAACUGUCCAAUAAUUGAAAGUCUUUGUGUCACCUAACAGGCAUGAGUGUGAAUUACAUCAUCACAUCUCUUUCUUGAUCCUAAUCAUUUUGAAAACUUCCAGUAGGAACAAACUGCUGAUUAGUGGCAAAAUAUCAACUUAUUGACAACCAAAUUGAUAUAAUUAUUAGUGACCUGCACCUUUUUUUUCCAACAUCUAAAAAGUUCCUAGUUUGGGUUUGGGAUAAAAUGUUUUAAAGCACCAUCUAUGGGGGUUUGUUCUGUAUUUGUCUUUGGGAUUACUUUGUCUUCUGAUUCUAGGUCCUGGUUAUGGCUCACAUAUUUUGGUAUGUAGUAUUAGUACUAUUAUUAAAAAAUGUACAGCCAAGAGGAUCGCAGGUUUGCUGGUCCAGGCAGGGGUUUCAAACUCAAAUUUGAUCAAUGUUUAGUUCUAAAGAAUUUUAUUAGUUAAAAUAAAAUAAUAAAAAUUUGCUCAAGAGCAAAAUUAAAAUGUU